GGCACGGAAAUCACGUUCAACUUCACAUACUCGUGUUCUCUCUGUUUCUCUUUCCUUUUCAUAUAAAUAACAGAAACAUAAGCAUGAAGCACUCAGCGAGAGUACUCACAUUCCUUGAACAUAUAUAUAGUCGGAAAUGGCUUUGAAACUUGCACUUUUGGCUGCUCCGGUGUGGUUUCUAGCCACAUUGCUCGUUCUCCGACUACUCCCAACAGUUGUAUGCCAUGCCAACCAGACGGUGGCAUCGGAGCCAACAUCAAAACUAGAUGCAUGGAUUGCGCUGAACACGAAACAGUACCAGGAGGCUUCAAAGCACAAACCUUUCGAGAAUGCCCUCCUCGCGGGCCUUAGCAGUGCUCCAACGAAAAUCAUUAAGGUCAAAGCGGAUGGUUCUGGAGAUUUCAAGACGAUUAACGAUGCGGUGAAGAGUAUUCCGUCAGGAAAUACAGAUCGAGUGAUUAUAUCGAUUGCUGGGGGUAGGUACAGGGAAAAAAUUCUAGUCGAUAGGUCGAAGCCUUUCGUGACGUUCUAUGGGCAACCGGGCAAUAUGCCCACCAUAACGUAUGAUGGUACAGCAAAGAAAUAUGGGACCUUUAACAGCGCCACGGUCGUCGUUGAGUCUGACAACUUCAUGGCCGUCAAUAUUGUCUUUGAGAAUUCUUCUCCAAAGCCAGAUCCCAGAAAAUCAGAUGGACAGGCAGUGGCAAUGAGGAUAUCAGGGGACAAGGCAGCAUUUCAUAAUUGCAGAUUCAUAGGGUUCCAAGACACCUUAUGUGAUGACAAGGGCAGGCACUUUUUUGGGAACUGCUACAUCGAAGGCACUGUCGAUUUCAUCUUUGGAAAUGGAAAAUCCAUCUACAAGCACACCACCAUAAACUCGGUUGCAGAGAGUUUGGGUGUGAUCGCAGCACAGUCUAUGGACGGCAACUCAGAGGACAGCGGAUUCGUUUUCAUCAAUUGCAAGAUAACGGGGACCGGUGAUAUGUACCUUGGUCGCGCAUGGAAGGAGACUUCUCGGGUUAUCUUUGCCCAUACAUUCAUGGGUAAACUCAUCAAUAACGACGGCUGGAUGUCGCAUAAAGACCAAGAGAGCGUGUUUUACGGAGAAUACAAAUGCUCGGGACCAGGGUCAAGCUCCUCCAAACGUUCAUUUGGAAAGAUUCUUACUGACGAAGAAGCAAAGCCAUUCUUGAGUCAGUCUUUCAUCGGAGGAAACGAGUGGAUGCUCCCAGUUCCCAAGAUUUGAGCUUUUCUGGCCUAGGAUUUUAUAUAAUAGUUUGUGUUCAUAUAUAAAGUUUAAAAGUUAAAAGUUAAAGUAUAUGACCAAUAAAUUAAAAGUUAAAAUGAAAAAAAAAAAAAUAAUAGUUAAUAUUCAUUAUGUUGGUCAACUGUCCGUUCAAUGGAAUUGUAAUCACCGUAUUCUUCGCCAGUGAGGAUUUUUCAAUAAAAAUCCGGAGAAAAAAAAUUUAUUGAAUUUUGUGAUAGUUGAAAAUGAUACAUUUUUACAAUUAUUAAGAGUGAUUCGAUUAAUUUAGUCAUGUUUUGUUGGUACAGAAAUACAUGGACAGAUACCAUGAUCAUGAAGGAC